AUGGCCCCCUUACUUCACACCAAGCGGAAAGCUGAAGACGAUCUUCAGGCACAUUUAGCACAGCGAUCGCAUCGCGAUUGUGUCGACCAGCCUUCAGUAGUUGGGAGAAUUGCCGAGGAAGGCUCGCUCAAUUUCAUCAUUCGAAACAAUGACCCUCGGCGCCUCUACGUGAGACCCAUAGCCUGGACGUCGGAACACUUGCAACUUUUGGAUUGUAAGUUUGUAUUCGAGAAUGUGAUUCUGGAUAGAGAGGUCAAGCAAGCCUCAACUAUUGGUGGGAAAGAUAGCUCGUCAAGCCAGCCUAUGCGCUUAGGACUGUCCCCGUACGCAAAUCAUGUGAAAACAAAUCUCUUAGAACGAACUGAACCAGAAAUCAAAACAUGUCUUUGCCAGUCAAUCCUCGAGGCUUACAAUAUACAUCCUCAAGGAUCGAAAUACCUUCCGUUUCGCUUCAACCUCCGAAAAAUUGCACAACUUCCAACGGAGGGUGUCUUCGCGUCCGGUGCUGGUCCUUCAAGCCUCGCCUACAUCUCUUUUGAGACCAUCCAAGACAUUCGCUAUCAUCAUUUCCGCCGUGUUAAAGGAGCCGCUCAUCCCUUCACCGCCAAAGUGCGGCAACGUCUGUGGGACAUCGAGUCUCCUCAUCUGGCCCGAGAUCCAUAUCUCGUUGCAAUUCUCAUCGCUCUGGCCCAGGGUCAGAAGCGGGAUCAACAGCGCAGGGGGGGAGAUACAGAUAAGACAAAGCAUGUCGCAUUGUCAGAGACAAGUAGACUCUCUUGUCAAACUUUGGAAUCGAAGUGUCAAGGCAUAAUUCAGUCGUUCAAGGUACAGGUUCUCGCCGUUUACGGUGCGACAGCGCAGCAUUUUUAUGUCUACACCGCUAUCAUUUCGGCGGAGUUCCUUGACAAGUUCGACAAACCAUGGCAGUGCUCAUCAGAGUGUCCCGUCGUGGUGGAAUAUCAUCGCAUUCCUGUUAGGGAGGAACUGUCUCUGGAAAUGUUGCAUCGUAUUCUUUGUCCUGGUUCAUGCGAAUUCUGCACUGGCAAAGAUCCACUGAACCGUUGCCGGAGUCGAGAGCCUUGA